AUGGAACCCUUGUCAAAGUACAUGGAGGAGAAGGGUGACAGGAAUUUGAUCAAGCUGCUCCACGUGUCACCAACUUUCUCAUGGAAAAGUGCGCCAGAUAUCACUUUCUUGUCAGAACAUGCACCACUAUUUCAACGCUAUGCAAAGAUUGCACCGAACAGUAUGUUGCCACCCAAGAAGAACAAGACAGCUAUUGAAAGGUUGGACCAACAAAUGAAGUGUAACUUCUCAAAACAAAGUACUUCAGACUAUGUCGACCUGGUUGACAACAUUGUGAGAACAGCUAUGAAACAGUAUCGAGAUUUGGCCAAAGAUCCCCACGCAAAAGAAAGGGCUUACAGAAGGGCUGACUCUGAGACUCAGGAGGCUAUCAACUCGGUGCUAGUACUCCUGCACAAAUGUGAUUCCAGGGAGUCUGAUGCAGAAGACACACCACCACCUCCAGGUCCGCUGGCCAUCAUGGAUAAAGACCCUGAGAUCAAGGUUGUUCUGCCAGAUCCACCUCCACCACCACGCAAACCGGCUUUGAGGAUCAGCCCAAAGAAGCUUUUCCAGAAGAUUGUCAACAGGCCGGAGUCCGAAGACGAGGAUGACCAUGAGUUUGGGGAACCGUGGAAGGAAGGCCAAACGGCUAGUGCAGGGUGCUCCACCGACACACCAUCGAAAGUGACCAUGAAGAAAGGCGCAUCUUUUCUCAUGCCAACUACCUUGGACAGUGGAGAGGAAAACAUGCUGGAGGAAGCUUUCAAGUCAGGUCCUGUUGAAAAUUUGCGGAAAAGGAAAACCAAAAAGAAGAAAGAGAAGCAGGCAAAUCAAAGCAAGCCCAAGGAAAGCGCAGCCAAGAAAGUAAGCCAAAAGGCUAAGGUGAAGACUACAUCAAAGCCUAUGAAUCGUUCCAGUGCCACUUUGGAUUUGAACCGCAACAGUGAGGAUGUGGAGGAGCCACCAUCUCCAAUGAGUUCCUUUUGCGUGGAGGAGCGUUUUUUUGAUGGCAUGAAAGGGACUGAUGAGAAACGAUCAGUUUGGAGGCAUCGAGUGGAGAGCAGAGGCCAUGGUGCAGCCAUGAAGCUUUACAAAUGCCAUCCAAACUAUGAUGGGAACCAUGAAAAGGCUUUGGAAUUUGCAAAGGGAGCUCGAGAUAUGGUCAAAGAAGAAUUCGACAAGAGGUGGCCAUCAGAUCAAAGUCCUCCAAGUGAGAUCAAGGAGAAGAAGGAGGACUUGAAGAAGACCAAGCCCAAGCCUCCUGCAAAGCGCGUGCGCCAUUGCCGAAUGUUUGGUGCUCCAAUGGCCAGAGUUCAGAACAGCACCACCUGUGGUUGGAAAAGAUGGCGCGGCAAAGGGGAAGGGCAAGGGGACUAUGACGUCUUCACCUUCCACCUUGGCCCCUACCUCUUCUUUCACGAAGGGCUCCGGCAAGGCAAACGCCACGCCUUCAUCACUGAGGUCCCGGAUGGCACGAUUCGGGACGACGAGGAUGAGUUUGCAGAUGCAGUUGAAGAGGCCGACGAAGGCCUCGAUGAUGCAGAAGCUCCCGAGGAGGACGACCAACCCGAAGGAGCUGAAGAUGAAGACUUGGACCUCAUUGGCUGA